CACACUAUAAUUGUCAGUCCCGGUGUUGCAUAUGUAUUUUUGUUGGCCUAGAUUGCCAGGCAAUAUUUUAAAUUAGUACUUAGCGAAAUAUACGACUUGAUCUGUAGGAAAAAGGCGUGAACAGUGCUUAUACUGUGAUUGCCUAGCCGGAGCUAAGUAGUUUUCCGUUCGUAGUGUGUUAAUGUUCGAGCAAUCCGACUCGAUCGGAUGACGAGUGAGGAAGAAUCGAGCGCGAAGCACAUUUUUGCUAGGACGAAACUAUUGCGAAUUGAAAGCGUCUAGAAAACAGCACAGAAAUGUUCACCACGCGAAAGGAGGUGGACGAGCAGGUUCAUAAGCUGCUGGGUAAACUGCCGCCGGGAAAUGAGCGUGAUAUAAAGGGUUUGACAGUGGCCCGUCUGUACAAUAAGAUCCAGGAGUACCCCAAGGCCAUCGAGUAUCUGAACAGCUAUCUGAGGGUCAAGGACGAGGCUGUGGCCCACAAGCUGAUCGCGCUCUGCUACUCCAAGCUCAAGACUCCGGAUCUGCAGAAGGCGCUGCAGCAUCUACAGCGCUGCAUUCAGCUUAAUCCGCGGCAGCAUGAUGUGAUCAAGGAUGCCUGCCAACUGCUGAUGGACGAGAAGAGCAACUUCAACACGGAGCAGGCCAAGUAUUGGCUAGAUCUGGCAGCUGGCGAGGAUUUGAGCGACAACGAACUGGUCUUCGCUCUGCGCAUGCGGGUGAAUCUCAAGGAAAGCAACGGCGGUGUAGGAGACGGUGUUGCCGACGGUGAGGACAACACCAUGGAGCUGCUCAUGCAUAAGGAGCUGCAGAUACGUCCCCAUGAUGUGAAUGCGCGAGUGCGAUUGCUGCGAAACUAUGUGGAGAAAAAGAAACUGGAUCAGGCCUUUAACUACGCUUUCAAAGCGGAACUGGAGGCCAAGGGCUGUACGAGUCAGUCGAGCGAAUGGUACGAGGUGGUCUGGCUGAUGCUCACGAAGAUCGAGCUGACCAAGGAUGUGAAGAAGAACUGGCGCUUCUGGCAGCUGGCCCUCCACGCCCUCGAUCGCCUCAUGCAGCUCAGUCUGGAGGCGGCCAAUGGCUUGGCGGAUAGCAGUAGCUCGCUGUUUCGACUCGAUCAGUAUCUGCACAAGUUCAGCAAUGUGAUAGAGCGAGCGGGCGAUGCCCCGCAGCGGGAACUUCAUCAGUCCUGUGCCGAGCAUUACACCGGUCAGCUGCUGCUUCACGCGGUGGCGCUGAUCUUCAAGCGGGAGCUGCUGGGCAAUAAGAACAAGUGGAUGAGCACACUGCGGUCGGUGCUGCCGCUUCUGCUCCUUGGCUUCCAGGUGCAACCGCUCCAGGAGGCGCAUGCCCACCACUGGAUGAAGCACUGCGAUGCGGAGCAGAAGCAGCUGAUGCAGCUGUGGCGCCAACAGGGCGCCUUCCGUUGCGCUCAGCUGGGACGCACGCUGCUCGGCUGUCUGGAACGCUCACGGACGGACAACGAGAACCAAAAGGAGAACAACAACCACAAUGAGAACCAAGUCCCCGCCCAGACGCUUUCCGGAUUAUUUGGCGACUCCGAGGAGCUGCUGUCCUGCGCCCACCAACAGUGUCUGGACAAGAGUUGGCGCCGUCAGCUCUACCAACUGCUCUUCACCCACGCCGAACACAAGCUCAAGGACCAGUCCUCGCAUCUGGUGCAUCAUCCGCGGCUGCAGCUGCCACUUUUCGAGUGGCCCAAUCUGGCGGAGAUUGAGACCUGCGAACAGCAGGCUUUGUUGCUGCCGCCGCAGUCCUUGGCCCAACAUGUCUACCUGGCGUUGGGCACCGAACCUGACAACCUAGGAGAAGCUCCACGGGUCCUAUUCUACGAGGGCUUCCGGCGGGAUGUGAAGCAGAACCUUAACUACUGCGGCCACGACUCGAUCAGCCAGUUGGAUGUGGACCUCUACCUCUAUGCCACCGUUAUCCAAACCCAGCGGCGAUUGCAGCUCCAGCGAGAGGCGUACGACAGCUGCAACUUGGGCAAUCGCAAUGCCGCCACCCGGCCGCACAUGAUGCCAUAUGCCAAUCUUGUAAGCCAGCUGGCCGCAUCGGAGCAGAGCAACUGGUGGGAUUUGGUGCUGCGGCUGCACCGGAACCAGCUGACCACCGAGGGCAAUCGGGCCGAGCAACGAGCCCAGUUGCAAGUGGGAUUGGAGGCGGUACGUGGGAUAAAUGGACCCAAGGCGGAUACAAUCAUCAUCUUCCGACUGGGAAAGAUCCUGCAGUCUCGCGCGGAUCGAGCUACUCUUGAGGCACGUAUCGACGCCCUAUACCGGCAAGGAUUCACAAUGCUGCGCCGCCAGCAGACCCAGCAACUGGAUCCCUUCGUACGCAUCUUCAAGUACGGAUCCGCUGCCUCAACGUCAGCUUGGCAGGAGCUUCAAUCGCUGGCCGAGCAUGCCGUAACCUACCUCAGCGCCAAGAUGUUCAAGGCAGGCCAGUACGAGCAGUUUGUCGACGAGGUGAGGGGCCUGAAUCUGCCCAUGGCCACCUACAUGCAAGCGGAUGCGUAUCGCCUGCUUGAGGAUUCCGGCAAGACGGCACGCGUUUCCCGGGCUCGUUUCUCGGAGCGACGGCAGGAGUGCCUGCAGCAGACGCAGCAGCUGCUGCGAAACGACACUAAACACCCACUGAACACGGUUAUCCAACGCGAGCUGCGACGUAGCCAGCAGAAUCGCAGUAUUCAGGGCAUGAGCGACAGCUUCGGUAGCCCCGAUGUGCACAACAAUUCCUCCACCUACGAGGAUGCCGAGGAUGAUUUCUAUUCCGGUGCUGCCUUGUCUGCCAAUCGAUCGCGUCGCCAACUGGAACCCCAAGCUCCAGUGACCCCAAUUGUUGUGGCCCAACCGAGUCUCGAGAUGGAACAGACUGUCAAGCAGAUCAGUAAAUCACUGUGUGUCCUUAAGGAUGAUGUGAGCGUGGGCAUGGAAGCCAUGCGGCAGGAAAUCAAAACCCUUACGGAAAAGUUCACUGGUCUGGAGGAUCUGCUCAAGAAGAUCAAGAUCAGCAGUCGAGACACGCCGACGCGGGAUGUGGAUCCCGCCUCCGCUUUGGGAUUGGAUGAUCUCUUCAUCAUUGAGGAUGCACUGGCAGAGCACCAGCAGCAACAGCAGCAGCAGCACCACCAUCACAACCAAGCUGCAGUGCAUCAGGCGGUUCCCAAUCCGUACGGCGGACCCACCGCUGGCUUCUACAAUGGCGUACCGAACACACCUUCUGCUCAGGAUCGCUUUCUGCCGGGACCCUAUGGCAGUCCCAUGUUCAACCAGAACCAGAUGUAUAGCUACUAUGCUGCUCAGGCUCAAGCACAAGCCCAGUUCUUGCGUACUCCGCCAGCUCCAGGCUCGAUUCCACCACCCAAUAUGUUUGGUCCCCGGAAUCCGAACUUUGGACUGCCCAGCAUAUUUCCACCACCGACAGGGCCUUCGGUGGCACCCUACAUCGAUGCAAUGGGCAACUUUACCCAGCCGCCUCCAAGUCUGAUACCGCCACCAGCUCAACCAGCUCCGGCACCUGCUCCUCUGAGUCUACUGGAGCAGAAACCAGCGGCUGCUGCCUUGCCCACUCCCGGCUUUUUCAACCCUUCUGCGCCGGGCUUUGGAGCUUCACCCAUUCAGGUGCCGCAGUCCAAGCCCUUGAGUGUUCCAACUGCGCCAGUUCCUGCUGCUGCAAUUGUGAAUCCUCCAGUGCCAGUUGCUGUUCCUGCUCCUGCUCCUAUUCAGAUACCCCAAGCGGUGGCUCCUACGCUGCCCGCACCUGCAGUAAGUGUUCCGGCGAUGUUUAACCGGGCCUUGAACAACCAGCCCGUGGAAAAAGAGCCGCCAGCCAAUGUGGUCAUCACCAGCUCUGAUCCGUUGCCAAAGCCGACGAGUGCCAGUGUCCAGCCCACUUUGAGUGUGACUAUUCCAGCACAGCAUAUCAAGCCCAGUUUGGUGCAGGCCCCGGAACAACAGGCACAGCAACAGCCACAGCCACAGCCGGUGGUUCCAGCUCCCACGGCAGCAUUCAGCUUUAACUUCGGCACUAAAUCCUCGGAAAGUCCAUUCUCUUUCAAGUCGCAGGUGGCCAAAGCAGCUGCCGAAAAACAAUUGGAACAAGAACGAGAGACAGCGGCAGAAUUGAACCAAAGCGGAGCUAGUGAUCCGAACAAGAGUCUGCAGCAAGCAGACAUUUCCGCAGCGGAUGACUACGAUGCCCGGCCCGACUUCCAGGCCAUCAUUCCGCUGCCCGACGAAGUGGAGGUGCGCACCGGCGAGGAGGACGAGGAUGUCAAGUUCAGCAGCCGCUCCAAGCUAUUCCGCCACGCGGACAAGGAGUGGAAGGAGCGCGGCACUGGUUUGAUUAAGAUUCUGUGCGACAAGGCCACUGGUGUGUCGCGCGUCCUAAUGCGUCGCGAUCAGACCCACAAGGUGUGUGCCAAUCACAAGAUCACUGCGGACAUGAGCCUGGCCACAGCCAGCCAGGACAAGGAGAAGAAGUCAUUCCUGUGGGUGGCCAAUGACUUUGCCGAUGAGCAAGUGAGGCUGGAGAAGUUCCUGGUGCGAUUUAAAACCGCCGAGGUGGCUGAGGAGUUCAGGUUGGCCUUUACUAAUGCCAGUCAGGCGGCGGCAAAGUUGGAGAAGGCAAAGCCGGUAGAAAAAGUAGCUCAGAAACCCGUGGAAACCAAGGAAGCAGUUGCUCCUGCCGCAUUCAGUCCUCCCAAGAGCUUUUUGACCAGCACUCCGGCUCCCAAUUCCCUCUUUGGCAAGCCGCAGGAGCAGACGAAACCUGAUCCUGUACCAGCAGCUCCAGCAGCGGUGGCCAAAUCACUGUUUGGAACCCUAUCGGGGGUUGUUGCCGCACCUCCUGCAGCAACAGCGCCCUCGGCUCCUGCGCCUUUUGCCAACUUUAGCUUCACGGGAAAUGGAACCUCCUCAGGCUUCGGUGGUGGAUCCACGGCAUCUCCGUUUGGCAAUUUAUCUUUUGGUGGCGUUUCCGCCGUUGGCACCAGCAACACCGACAACAGCACACUCUUCACCACCGCUUUGGUCAAGGACAACACAUUGCAAAGUCAGACGCCGCAGGCACAGCUAAACAAAUCCGCCACCUCGGACGCUGAGGAGGACUAUGUGCCCACUGCCCAGUUUGCGCCGGUGAUUGCCCUACCCGAACUGGUGGAGGUUGUGACCGGGGAGGAGAACGAGGACGUGCUCUUCGAGCACCGGGCCAAGCUUCUGCGUUGGGACAGGCAGGCCAAUGAGUGGAAGGAACGCGGUCUAGGAAAUAUGAAGAUUCUGCGCGAUCGUACCGAUCCCAACCUGGUGCGUCUGCUAAUGCGACGCGAGCAGGUUCACAAGCUGUGCUGCAAUCAGCGUCUGAUGCCUGAGACCAAGUUCACUGCCGCAACGAACAUCAAGGCAGCCGUCACAUGGGCUGGUCCGGAUUACUCGGAUGAGGAGUUGACUGCCGUUUUGCUGGCCGUGCGCUUUAAGUCGACCGAUGUGAGCCAGGAGUUCCUCGAUGCCGUUCAGAAAGCUCAACGGAGCAUUGGCAACGAACCAAAGAAACAGGACGACGCUGGAGAAAAGGAGAAAGAGAAGGAGAAGGAGAAACCAGCAAAGGGCUUCGGUGAUGCCUUCAAGCCCAAGGCAGGCAGUUGGAGUUGCCAGGGCUGCUACACCAACAAUGGCCAGGAUCAGCUGUACUGUGUGGCCUGUCAGGAGCCCAAAGAUGCCACUGUGCCGCCCAAGCCAUCAACGGGCUUGGAUCAAGGCAAUGCUUUGAACCUCACCACCAGCUCUGCGACAAAGUUCUCCUUUGGAUUUGCACCGGCAGCUCUGCCGUCCACCGGUGGAUUUAGCUUUGGAGGAGCUGCCACCCAGCACAAGGAGGAGGUCAAGGCAAAGCCAGUGGUGGCAGCUGUGACCGCCUCGGCCUCAGCUCCUGCUGCACCCGCCUUUGGAUUCGGAAAGACUGCUUCUAAUACUGGUUUCGGGGACGCCUUUAAGCCCAAGGUGGGCAGCUGGUCGUGCUCCGGUUGCUACCUAAACAAUCCCGGAGAGUCGCUUUACUGCAGCGCCUGCGAAGCGCCCAAGGACGAUACUGUUCCAAAGAAGGAGAAUACACUGGGGUCGGGACUUACUCUGCCCGCCUCUUCGCAGUUUAACUUUGGCUUCGGAGCUGGUAACAAGGAUAACAAAGACAACAAGCCUACCGAUGUGGUGGCCAGCAAGAGCAGCAAUGUGUUUGGAUCCUCCACCUUCAGCUUUGCGGCUCCAACCGUAGCGGCACCAGCAGCACCUGCUGGCCUGAUGGGCGCCGGCAGCUUUACCUUCUCCAUGCCCAAACCCAGCCAAACUCAGCCAAAGAGUCCGGCGGCGCAUGAGGGCGAAGAUAAUGAUUCCCACGAGGAGGAGGAGGAGAACAACGCUUAUUUUGCACCAGUGAUUCCCCUACCCGAUAAGAUCGAUGUGAAAACGGGGGAGGAGGACGAAGAGUUGCUGUACGUGCACAAGGCCAAGCUGUAUCGACUUACGGAGGGCGAGUGGAAGGAGCGCGGCUUGGGCGAUGUGAAGAUACUGCGGCACAGGGAAACGAAGAAGCUGCGCGUGGUGAUGCGCCGUGAGCAGGUGUUCAAGAUCUGUCUCAACCAUGUGCUCAGCUCGAAUGUGGUGUACAAGCCGAAGAGCGAGACGUCUUGGAUGUUUGCUGUUCACGACUUCAGCGAGGGUGAGAGUGUCCUCGAAAGGUUUACCCUGCGCUUCAAGAACCAGGAAGUGGCGCAGGGAUUCAACAACGCGGUUAAAAAGGCCCUCGAUGGAACCGCUAAACCGAUAGAAGAAGGUUCGGAUACAGCAGUCAGCAGCUCCACCUUAACAGCCAGUACGAGUUCUGCAGAUAAUCUGCUCCAGGAUCAUAUAGGCGGGGCCAGCUGCAGAGGCUGCGAUCCGGAAAAGUUCGAAUUCGGCAACGCCACUUCGUCAACAGUAAGCACCUCCGCCGGCGAAGUGAACCCACCACUUCCCAUGACCCUGCCCAUCCUGACUCUCCCCCAGACAUCAUCUGUUAUUCCUCCCACCUCUGCACCCGCACCCUCGAUAUUUAAAGCCAGUUCGUUGGGCACAACGACGAAACCUUCAUCGUUCUCCAGCUUUACCAAUUCACCCGCGCCGGAGGGUAGCAAACCGCCCAGCUCUGCUUUUCUAUUUGGCAGCACGGAUAAACCACAGUCCGGAGGAACUGCUGCCACACCCUUUGCCAAUCUACAAAAAUCCAUCUCCAGCGGAGGACAAGGCAACGUUUUGGGAUCUAUUUUUAGCAGCAGUGUAUUGAACCAAGCUCCUGCUGACGAUUCAGCGAAAUCCAUUUUCGGCGGUGGGGAACAAAAGAAAGAAUCCCCCAACUCCAUUUUCGGAGGCGUCAAGCCGGAUUCCCAGACAGCAGCUAACCAAGAGGCUUCCAAGUCCAUAUUUGGUGGUACCGGAGGAGCACCCGUUUUCGGAGGACCAAAUCCUUUUGGACUCCCAAAAGUGGAGUCGCAGGCAUUGGACGGCAAAGAGGCGCCAAAGUCAAUCUUUGGCGGUACCCCAAGCAUUUUCGGAAGUACCAAAGUUGGGUCCCAAGCAGCACCAGCCAGCCAGGACGCCCCCAAAUCCAUCUUUGGUGGUAGCCCCAGCGUUUUCGGAGGAUCAACCGGCGGAAGCUAUGUAUUUGGCAGUGGUACCGUCUUUGGACAGAAAGAGGCACCCGUCUCGUUCACAGAUCUGGGCCAACAGGCAGCCCAGCCAGAAAAGGUUGCAGAGGAGACCAAGGACAAGCAGGACACGGUGGCCAGCACUACGUUUGCCGACUUGGGAAACAAGGCGGGCAGCACAUUUGCCGAUUUGGCCAAUAAACCGGCGGGUGGCACAUUUGCUGAUUUCGCGAACAAGGCGACGAAUGACUUUGCCAACCUGUCGGCCAAUAGCCAAGGCAAUCCCACGGUAUUUAACAAGUCCGGCGGCGGUAGCGGUGGCUUUUACAACCUGACGCACCAGAACGCCUUCAAGAAUUUCGGGUCUGCGUCGCAGACUGGCAAAAACAACGAUUCCGGAGCGGCUGGAGAUGGCGACGAGGAUGGAGACGGCACCACCGAUGACAACUACGAUCCGCACUACGAUCCCAUUGUGGAGCUGCCGGACGAGAUAGUAGUCACCACGGGAGAGGAGAACGAGACUAAGCUGUACGGCGAGCGGGCGAAGCUCUAUCGUUAUGACACCGAGUUAAAACAGUGGAAAGAACGAGGCGUGGGCGAGAUAAAAGUGCUGGAGCACCCGGAGCUGCAGACAUUCCGGUUGGUCAUGCGGCAGGAGCAGAUCCACAAGCUAGUGCUGAACAUGAAGAUCACCGGCACAAUGCAGUUCGAUUAUAUGAACGAGCAGAAGAAGAGCUUCCUGUGGGCUGGCUACAACUACGCCGUGGACGCAGAGGGCAAGGUGGGCACCGAGGGCGUUCUGGAACGCCUGGCCUGUCGAUUCGGCAAGGAAGAAACGGCCGACGUCUUUCUCAAAACGGUCAACUCCUGCGUACAACGGGCUAAGGCCUUGGACUGCGAUCAGGAGGACGAGCAGGACAGCUCGUAAGGAAACUGGAACUAAAUAUAUGUAGCAUGUUUACGAUUGAGUUUAUAAGGUAGUCUGUCAAAAAAAGUAUCGGAAAUUAUUGAAAAUGCACAAUUUUCAUCUAAUAAUAAAAACUUUGAUAAACAUUAA